AUGACCGCAUCAGAAGAGGAGGAGGAGGAUGAGCACGAUGAUGAUUGGGACAAUGAUGAGGCAGAAGAGGAUGAGGACUACCAAGUAGAAGAGGAGGAGGAGGAUGGGCAGGAUGAUGACUGGGAUAGUGAUAAGGCUGAAGAAGAUGAGGACCAUCAAGCAAAAGAUGAGAUUGUCUCGGAUGAUGAGGAGAAGAACACUAUCAUAGUGUCAUCUGAUAGUGAGCGUGGGUCCUCAGCCGACGAAUUCUAUGGUGUCAAAAGUGAUGAAGACAUCAGCGAAGGUGUCGACAAUGAUAGCGACGACAGCAACAACGAUGGCGAAGACGAUGACAGCGACGAUGGUGAAGACGAUGACAGCGAUGAUGGUGAAGAUGAUGAUAGCGAUGACAGCGGACCACCUAGCAAACACCGUCGUGUGGACGGCUCGAGUGAGAAUGGUGGAGGUCCCGGCUACGACGACACCGCGUAA